AUGUCCACCUCACCUUCGGAAACCGUCGACCGUGUUAUCGAGAACUUUAAUGGCGGUCUACCCACCUCCCGGGAUCUCGUCCCUUCCAUCAUCUUUACUGUAGCUCUCGGAUUGACUCUGCCGAUGUUGAUUUAUCGCCUAUCUUCUCGGAAACACCGAUCGAGAAUCCUGGGGAAUGCAGUCAUGUUCUUCAUCCUGCGUACCGCUGCGAUGAUCAUGAGAGCGUACAUGUCUCGUCACGAAUUCAGCGAGUCUACCCUGAUCGCCGAACUCGUUCUUACCUCGAUCUCUUACCUGUUCUUGAUCAACUCGUUGGUCGAUCUGUGGGAGAAGCACGAAACGCAGAAGCAUGACGAGCAGAUCGAAGGGCAAUUCGGGCUGGUCAACGAGAAGACGGUCCACUUGCAGAAGAAGAAUAGAUGGGUCCAUUACGCUGCCUGGUUCCUAAGAGGCGCAUUGAUUGCUUCCCUCGCAUCGGCGAUCGCAGCAGGUGCUAUCCUCGCCAGGCAGUUCGAUGAUGGUCAGAAGGCGACCACGAUCCGCAAUCUCGUCAAGGCUAGCUACAUCCUAUCCCUUGCCACUACCGCGGUCUCUAUAAUCGGAGUCCUCGUUACCCACUUCACCAACCACCGGUCCAAGCGCAACACCGGUUUCCUCCUCUUGUACUCCAUCCCCUUGCUCAUCGUCGGAAUCUACCGAGUUGUCGAGGUCUUUACCGGUUACCGAGCAACGACCCGUCAACUCGUUGCGUUCUGGGUCGCAAUGGUACUCUUCGAAUUAAUCGCCUUGUGUAUCUUGCUGUCCAUCUCCAUUCCCAAGUGGUUCGGCGACUUCAAGGUCAAGCAUGCGAUGCACCACGACGAGGAGAAGAGGAGGGAGAGCAUGAACACCAUGACGACCGGCAACGGGACCGCAAGAUAUUGA